GCACCAAUUUUAUUCAAUAUAUACAUCAACUGUGUGACGAGAGAGUGGAGAGAGAAAGUGAAAGAUACAAGCAUUACAUUCAAGUAUGACAUGACCAAGUCUUUGGCUGGAAGAUAUAAAAAAAGAACGUUCCUGACGGGAUGGUAAUGGAAUUGCAGUUUGCUGAUGACUCAGCAUUACUAACAGAAACACGAGAGAGUGCAGAGGCAGCAAUCCAAAACUUUGCCUCAAUUGCUGCAAGCUAUGGGUUGACGGUGAGUUAUGAAAAGACAAAGUUGAUGACUUAUGGUCCCAAACUGUGUGUUGAAGAUGCUGGGGAUAUUGAUAUAGGGAUUCCCGGUCACAGUGUGCAACAUGUAAAACAGUUCAAAUAUCUCGGUUCUAUCGUAUCAGAUAAUUUGAGCUUAGACCUGGACAUAACAGAAAGAAUUGCACAAGCAGUAAAGUGCUUUGGAGCACUAAAAGAAGCUGUCUUUCAGUCUCCCCAUGUAACAUCUGAAACAAAAUGUGCUGUUCCAGUCAACUUUCUUAUCAGUUCUACUGUAUGGGUCAUCUUCUUGGGCCGUGACUAGAAGAGAUAUCACAAGGCUUAUCACAUUUACAAAUCAAUGUCAAUGUUCCAUGCUGGGCAUAGACAAGUUCAAACAACAAUUGGAACGAAUCAUAUCAAAUGACAUCAGACACAAGCUUGGCAAUCUUGAAACUGCAGAACACUCUUUGAUGGCUCAGGGGCUUAGAUGGCUUGGUCAUCUAGAACGUAUGGAAGAUCAU